AUGCUGGACCCCCAAGAUGGCGACGGUGACUCUGACAUGAGUGUCCUGACACCAACUACAGAGCAUCUGCCUGCAACUGAUGCGGAAAACGUAACAAAGGCAUUUCUGUCACAGGUCCUGGAUACUAUCGAGCAAGCUUAUAGUCUCGUGGCAAUAUACAGCGGACACUCUCUGCAAGGAUGUACAGGAGCUGGACACCCACACGACCCACGUGGAACAGAAAAUGAGCGAAUAUGCUUCUGCCCACAAAGACAUGGUAAACCAUGUUCAAUCUCUAGAAAAUAA